ACACUGCAUUCACAGUUCAUUUUCUAAAAGUGUUUGUAAAAAUCCAUACCCCAGAAUGUGGCAAUUAACCUUGGCUUUAAUUUUAGUUUUACUCUGCCUAUGGCUUAUAUGGAGGAAGAAACAGCUGUCCAUCUUCAAAUCUUUAAAUAUACCUGGUCCUGAGCCAAAUAUCUUAUUUGGUAAUCUAUGGGAAUUCAGAAAGAAUCCUUAUGUUUGUCAUAAAAAGUGGAUUGAAAAAUAUGGAAAAAUAAUGGGCUAUUACUUUGGUCUUCGGCCAGUUCUUUUGGUUGCGGAUCCUGAGCUUCUCAAAAUAAUACAGCAAAAAGAGUUUCAUAAGUUUCCCAACAGAUCUUCAUUUUUGGAUGUAGGACGUUCGACCACAGAAUAUAACACUAAAGCUUUGACUGGUCUUAAGGGUAAAAGAUGGAAAGAUAUACGUAGCAUUAUAACUCCAACAUUUACCACAUCAAAACUGAAAAUGAUGAAUCCUAUAGUCAGCCAGGCUGUUGAUGAACUCGUAGAAGCAGUAGUAAGAAAGUCUGCAGAAGGAAAGCCUUUUAAUAUUUAUAAGUUAUACCAAAAUCUCACUAUGGAUAUAAUCGCAAGAACAUCUCUUGGCGUGCAUACGAAUGCUCAAAAAGACGAAAAUGAACCUUAUUUGACUCACUCUAGAGUUAUAUUUUCAUUGGAAAUGGACUACUUUUCCCUCUUUGCUUUUUCAUUUCCAGAAGUAAUGGGAGUCUUCUCCUUUUUGAGAAGCAUGAUAUUACGUUUUCGCAAUAAAGGACGAGAACCGCGCUUAGAAUUACUAGCAAACACUGGAGCAGUCAUUGCUGCAAGAAAGGCUGAUCCAAAGAAAGAAAGGAAAGAUUUGCUUCAGCUGAUGAUUAAUGCACAAGUGUCUAAAGAAAAUAUAAGUGAAAGUCUUUUAACAGCUGGGGAGAACGAUGAACGGAUCCAAAACGGUGACUUUUCUCAAAAGGAUCAGAAAAACAUGCGUAAAAUGACUGAUGAAGAAAUUUCUCAAAAUGCUCUCUUAUUUCUUUUAGCCGGCUAUGAAACUACAAGCACAGCUCUAGCAUUUCUUACACAUUUGUUGCUGCAUCAUCCAGAAGUUCAAAAUAAAGUUAGGGAAGAAAUCAAUCAGCAUUUGGAUUCAGAUAAAGACACUCUGAGCUAUGAAACGGUUCAAAAACUUCAAUAUCUUGACAGCGUAAUAUGCGAAGGAUUAAGACUCUAUCCUCCUGUUUAUAAUUUCGUAACUCGUGUGUCAUUGGAAGAUACCCAGUAUGAAAAUAUAAGAAUUCCAAAAAAUAUGAACAUUCUAGUUCCUGUCUACGCUUUGCACUUUGAUUCUGCAUAUUGGAAUGCUCCAGAAGAAUUUGAUCCUGAGAGGUUUUUACCGGAAAAUAAAGGAAAUAUCCAUCCGAUGGUCUAUCAGCCUUUUGGAGCUGGUCCACGAAAUUGUGUUGGUCUGAGGUUUGCUCAAAUGGAAAUAAAAAUGGCUCUUGCAAAGCUGCUUCAUAAGUUCAAGUUCACACCUUGUCCAAGAAGUACUAAAGACAACUUGGAAAUCUCAUCAGCACUUGCUACAAUGCGCCCGAAGAAAGGAGUUUUCCUUUAUGUAGAGAAAUAUGGAUGAAUAUAUAAAGGAAAGUACUUUAAAGAAGUUCAAAGUUUAAAAACGUUAUAUUUCUAUAAAUAAUGUCUUUUAAAAAAGGGAACUAACUUAUUGUCAUAAUUUAAAGCAAAUUAUUGUUUCAGCUAUAGAUUCUGAUGUCUGUUCCAGCAAAACAUUAAAGUAGCUAUUCAUUGCUAUGACAUAUGCAUGUUCUAUUUUCAUUGCUUUUUAAUGCAAGAAUUUAAACUUGUAAAAUUAGAAUAAAUAAAAUCUUACACUUGAGUUA